GGUGCUACAGGGACACUGCACUUUCUCUACGGCUCAGCCCAGGCCAGGCCUCUCCAUCCUGCUCACCCAGCCCUUGAGAGGAAAACGAAAACUAUUUGCUGUGAGGCCUUGGGCCAGUGGUUGGAUUUCAGGCACCAGCCGGCAAAUAGAAAAGGCAGGGAUGUGCCUCUCUGAACCUCUGAGAUGGGACGAGCAGGGUGCUGCGUACCCCACCUGUAGAAAACGGGCUUAUCUUUGCGGAGGGCAGUUUCUUCAUCUGGAAAAUAAAGAAAAAGCCAGCCUUUCCCUUCCGAGGGGAGUUGUCCCCUAUACGUGUCAGGGAAGCAAUGGGGCGCGUUUGGAAUCCUGGUCGACAACAGCUCUCACUUUAAGAGGCCACAGGAGACGGGCGCAGACAGGGCUGUACCCUGAGCCCGCUUGUUCUGUAAGACCCAGCAGAGAUGCCAUCUUCUCCGGGAAGCCUUCCCGAGCCCCCUGGGUGAGUGCUUCUCCCUCCCUCCCCGCCGCCAGGCUAGCUCAGCACUUGGCCUCCGCAGCUGUCACUAGGAUCCUUGUCUUAUGCCGUCGGGGCCUGUCCUCUCCCACCCAGCUACAUCAGUGCUCAGGCUGGGCCCCGGGGCAGGCGGGAGAAGCCAGUGGACGCCUCCUGCAGGGACACAGCGGCAGACCUCUCACCUGGCUGUGUGGUUUGGUCUCUUGUGCCUCCUGGGCCCUCUUUUUUGGGCCUCAUUCUCUGAUGCCUUCCCUCUUCACUUGGCGCUUCACUAUUCUCUUGCUCGGUUGCUUGGGGCAGAGACUUUGGGGGAAAAACACAGCCCCACAUUGAGCUUUUCCUUCCUUCCAGGGCUGGUGCGGCCUUGGGCCAGGCCCAGCCUCUUUCUCCGCAUCUCCCUGCACGGCCCACAUCCCUCCCUGUCUGCUCGGUGCCCCCUGUCCCUGAGCUCCCUGGGCUCCGGGGUUCUGCCCAAGUGCCCUGCCUGGCCCCUUCUCCGAGCACACAUUCCUGCAACCCCGUGACCACAACUGGGGACAUUACACAUUCCUGGCCUGGCAGCCAGUGAUGUAAAAAAGAACAGAAUGUCCCAGGGCCCCGCCCAGCCCCCAGCUCCACCUGGGCCCCUCCCUGGGCUGGACAAUGUAGGGUUGCUGGUGAGGAGUUAUGAGGGAAGAGGCUGGACCAGCUCGGACAGGGAGAAAUGUGCUCUGUGCCUGGUGCCAGGUGGGGCCGGAGGUGCUCCUACCUUAGUGAGCAGGGAGGGAGGUUGCAGACACCCUUUCUCCUUCCUCUCCAAGGCCCGGGGGUGAGGCUGACCCAGGGGUGCCUCUGGAGGGACUCCCCAGGGAGGGGCCCUGGCUCCUGGAAGCCCACGCAGGGGGGCCCUCCUGCUCUCCUUCAGGGGAGGGGCUCCUCUGGGGGCUGGCUCCCUCCUCCUCACCCCCCUUCUCUGCCUCUCCUCUGUCCCUGCCUCCCAGUCCCUCACCCUCUCCUGGUCCAUCCACCUCCCUGCUCCUGCCUUCCCUGUUCUCCUGGUCUCCCCGCCUUAGUCUCACUCGUCCUAACUUGCCCUCUUUCCCAUGCUUUGCCCUCCCGGCUUUGUGUUCAGGAUCCUUCUCCUGGUUCGAGACCUCUGACCCUCCCCUGCCAUUCUGUCUCCUGGUCUCCCUGCCUGCCAGCUCCCCGCCACUCCGAGGCCCCGACUCUUCUCCCGCCACCUCUCGCCUUCCCUGUCCCCGUGCUCCCUCCCAGUCACCUGCCCUCAGGCGCCCUCCUCCCGCUGGAGAGCUCUCAGCUCCGGCUCCUCCUCUGCCCCUCCCCCUGCCCGGCUCACCUUUAAUUGAGAUGCUAAUGAGGCUUCUGUCGCUUCCAUCCCUGGCGGGCGGGCGGGCUCCCCGGCCGGGCUGCUGCACCUGUCAGGUGAGGGGGAGGAGAGGCCGGGCCGCCAGAUCCAACUGGAAAGGAAGCAGUCCCAGUCCAGCCACAGCCUGGGAGUGGGGAGCAGGAGGCAGCCCAGGCCUCUCGGAGCCCUGCAGUCCCCGGGGCCAAGAGGCAGUCAGGCCACGGCCCGAGGUCAGGGCCAGAGACCGGAGGGAGGGGAGGAAAAGGAAGGGGUCAGGACCAGAGAGGCUGGCGCCCGGAGAGGAGACAGGCAAGGAAGGGAGUCGAGAGACACCCAAAGAGAAGCAGAAGGCAGAGACAGGGACGGAGAGAGGCUAAGACACAGACGCUGAAGGAAGAAGACCAAAGAAAGGGAUUGACUCAGCGGGGCAGAGACUGCAGUGGAGACAGAAGGGGAGAUUCUAGGACCGAAAGCAAAAAGGUGGUCUCAUCGGGGAAGCAGCGAGGUCACUCCAGGGAGGCUCCAGCUCUUCUGGCCCCGACUCCUGCAGGGCUCAUGAAGGGAGACAAGCAUGAGGAGCCUGAGCCGGGCCCCGAACCUGCGGCCCCCCCGCUGCCCACGGAGGAGGAGGAGGCCCUGCUGGAGUUCCACCACUCCUACCGGGAGCUCUUCCAGUUCUUCUGCAACAACACGACCAUCCACGGCGCCAUCCGCCUGGUGUGCUCGCAGCACAACCGCAUGAAGACGGCCUUCUGGGCCGUGCUCUGGCUCUGCACCUUCGGCAUGAUGUACUGGCAGUUCGGCCUGCUCUUCGGAGAGUACUUCAGCUACCCCGUCAGCCUCAACAUCAACCUCAACUCGGAGAAGCUCGUCUUCCCCGCCGUCACCGUCUGCACCCUCAAUCCCUACAGGUACACGGAAAUUAAAGAGGAGCUGGAGGAGCUGGACCGCAUCACAGAGCAGACGCUCUUCGACCUGUACAAGUACAACUCCUCCAACACCCUCGUGGCCCACGCCCGCGGCCGCCGCGACCUGCGGGAGUCUCUGCCGCACCCCCUGCAGCGCCUGCCGGUCCCGGCUCCGCCCCACGCCGCCAGCAGAGUCCGCCGAUCCGGCUCCAGCCUGAGGGAUAAUAACCCGCAGGUGAACUGGAAGGACUGGAAGAUCGGCUUCCAACUGUGCAACCAGAACAAAUCGGACUGCUUCUACCAGACGUACUCAUCAGGGGUGGAUGCGGUGAGGGAGUGGUACCGCUUCCACUACAUCAACAUUCUGUCCAGACGGCAGGACACCUCUCCGUCGCUGGAGGAGGACGCGCUGGGCAAAUUCAUCUUCGCCUGCCGCUUCAACCAGGCCUCCUGCAAUGAGGCGAAUUACUCCCACUUCCACCACCCGAUGUACGGGAACUGCUACACUUUCAAUGACAAGAACAGCUCCAACCUCUGGAUGUCCUCCAUUUCUGGGGUCAACAACGGUCUGUCCCUGACGCUGCGUACAGAGCAGAAUGACUUCAUCCCGCUGCUGUCCACGGUGACUGGGGCCAGGGUGAUGGUACACGGGCAGGAUGAGCCCGCCUUUAUGGAUGAUGGAGGCUUUAACCUGCGGCCUGGUAUGGAGACCUCCAUCAGCAUGAGUAAGGAAGCCGUGGCAAGACUUGGGGGUGACUAUGGCGACUGCACCAAGAAUGGCAGCGAUGUCCCAGUGGAGAACCUUUACGGUACCAAGUACACGCAGCAGGUGUGUAUCCAUUCCUGCUUCCAGGUGAACAUGAUCAGGGAGUGUGGCUGUGCCUACAUCUUCUACCCGCCGCCCAGGGGUGUGGAGUUCUGUGACUACAGGAAGCAUAAUUCCUGGGGCUACUGCUACUAUAAGCUCCAGGACGCCUUCUCCUCAGACCGCCUGGGCUGUUUCACCAAGUGCCGGAAGCCAUGCAGUGUGACCACCUACAAGCUCUCUGCCGGUUACUCACGAUGGCCCUCGGUGACAUCCCAGGACUGGGUCUUCAAGAUGCUGUCCCGACAGAACAAUUACACCAUCAAGAACAAGAGAGAUGGGGUUGCCAAACUCAACAUCUUCUUCAAGGAGCUGAACUACAAAACCAACUCUGAGUCUCCCUCUGUCACGACAGUCACCCUCCUGUCGAACCUGGGCAGCCAGUGGAGCCUGUGGUUCGGCUCCUCUGUGCUGUCUGUGGUGGAGGUGGCCGAGCUCAUCUUUGACCUCCUGGCCAUCACAUUCCUCAUGCUGCUCCGGAGGUUCCAGAGUCAAUACUGGUCCCCAGGCCGAGGGCGCAGGGGUGCCCAGGAGGUGGCCUCCACUCCAGCCUCCUCCCUCCCCUCCCGUUUCUGCUCCCACCCCGCCUCCCCAUCCUCAUCCCCGCCGGGCCCUGCCACCUCCCUGGCCUUGUCAGCCCCUCCGCCUGCCUAUGCCACCCUGGGCCCCCGCCUGGCUCCAUCAGGCUCCACGGAGGCCAGCUCCUCUGCCCACACUCCGGGGGAGCCCUGAGAGGGAAGGACGGUGUCCCCUCCCCAAGGCAGGCACUUCCCUUGGUGGGAGGGGACCAACCUUGGCAGGAUUAGAGAAUGUUUGGGGCUGCCUCUCAGAGCUGCCCAGCUGCCUGUGCUGUGGGGCAGGGAAGCAGGCUGGAUAGGGGGCUGAGGAAAUUGUCUGGAGAACCACGGCCAGCAUGACCUUGGUUCCUGCCCUCUACCCGCUGGUCCUGCCUCAAGAACACUCUGGUUUCCCCACCCGAGUGCAGGCAAGUCCUCUUUUCCCUUGGAUCAGCCAAGCCAAACUUGGAUCUUUGACAAAGAACUUUCCUAGGAAACAACUGACAACCAGAACAAAACACAAACAAGGGCACACAAAGGCAUGCAUGGUUUCCUCCUCAAAGAUGACUGGAUUCAGCCCUAGAAUGGCCCUCCACGCUGCUUUCCAGGGACACAGACAUUUGCUCCUCUUCUUGAACUUGGGUGGGGAACCCCACCCAAAAGCCCCCUUGGUUAGUUGCUAGGCAAUUCCCUUUCCCUGACUCCCAGGGCAGGGGCUGGAACAGCCCAGUGUAGUAAAGACUUGGCCAUUCCCAGUCGGGAGUCCCAGGACUCUUCCAGCCUCACGACCCCACGCCCCCACGGAGCCACACAUUUGGAUUUGGAUCAAUAGGCAUUUGGAUUUGCUCAAGCUAUUUCCUUAGCCUGGAAGCUUCUCCCACCAUCUGCUGGAGAACUCCUAUGCAUCCUUUAGACCCCUGCUCAGAUACCAUUACUUCUGUGCAGGCUUCUGCCCCAUCUUGUCUUGCCCAGACGUGACCACUUCCCUAUCCUGCGGACUCCCAUAGCACACCAUAACAUCCACAGAAAUGCAGAUGCUGCAUUUUACUUUCCUGUUCAUUUGUGUCUGCGUCCCCAACCAGACUGAGCUCGUCGUGGUCAGGAUUGAGUCUUGUUCAUUUACGGAUCCUCAGGGUCUAGCCCAGUAUCCUGCUUGGAGCAAGUAGGCAGGUACUUAAUAAAUGUUGUUGCACAAAGAA